AUGGAUUUGAAUGCGAAAGAUUCUUUCUACCCUCAGUUUGAGAAUUGCAACAGUUCUUCCUUGGGGAUGGAAAACAGCGUGCGGAAAGAUAACCAGGAGGUGUAUGUCGAUGCAGAGCGGGGGGUACCUGCCCAGUUUGGCCACGAAGGAACCCCUGCAACUCUCAAAACCGAAGCUUCCAACUCAGAAUUCGCUUUUAACCCCUGCGAGUGCCCAAAAGACACAUACACCCCCUCCUCGCUCGCCUACUCCGGCAGUUUCUAUGUGGAGGCAUCUCAGGGAGCGCCGUGCAGCACCGAAACACUCCUCAACAUGAUCACAGAGAUCGUGGGCAUAUCCACGCUGCCGCUUUCAGAAGUGCAACAGAGCGGCAACAGUCGGGGAGCUUAUCCGUCGCCUGCGCCGCUGGACAGCAGCAGUGGUAAUUUUGGAGACCCUGGCUCCAAGAGGCAGUCCUACACGUGCUCCGGACCCACUCCUCCUGUGUACUCUCCGGAUCAGACGUGCUCGAGGUAUCCCGACGAUCAGGCCGGCGGCCAGGUCCAAGACCCGUCCUCUUCCCAGCUCAACUUCAGCUCGUCCCGAGCUCCAAACCAGAAGAAGGCUGAACCAAAGUCAGAGGCUGCUUCUUUCCCCGUCGUGGUGAAGAAUGAGUUUGAGAGCAGCUGCUACGAGUGGGGGACCCUUAAUAAGUCUGAUUGUUUGGAGACCAGUUUCCAGACUGAAACCUUCCCGAUGUCGAGCGAUUUCCCCCCUGACCAGCAAAUGGAUGUAAAGGAACUUUUAGACACGUUCCCCCCAAUUUGCCCCAACCCGGAGAUGGAGUUUAAAGUGGAGGAGGGCAUCAAACAGGAGCCGUGUUUCUCUGACACCUGCUCUCAGAGCUACUCCAGCCCCAUGUACAAUAAUUACCUCCCACCCCCGCCGAUGGGCCUCUCCUCUAACCUGAAACCCUUCCCCGAACCUCCACAGCCAUCUAAUCAGUGCGAUUCCUUAUACACAACACCAGCUUUACCGAGCACCAUAGACUCCAUCCUGUACUCUUCCUUGCUGCCAGAUUCAUUUGCCCAAAGUUACACUACCCGCGCUGCGAAGCCCCCCAGGGCCAGAAAGAGCCCUGCCGCCUCUCAUGGCCCCGCCAAAGAGAAGCCCUUCACCUGCCCCAUGGAGAGCUGCGACCGGCGCUUCUCUCGCUCUGACGAGCUCAACCGGCACAUCCGCAUCCACACAGGCCACAAACCUUUCCAGUGCCGCAUUUGUUUGCGCAGUUUCAGCCGUAGCGAUCACCUCACCACCCACACCAGGACUCACACCGGGGAGAAGCCGUUCUCAUGCGACGUGUGCGGCAAACGCUUUGCCCGCAGCGACGAGAGAAAACGGCACGGACGCGUACAUCUGAAACAGAAGGAGAAAAUGGAAAUUAAGCCACAGGUGACCACCGGCGCGUGGCCGUUCACUCUUCCCGAGGGGAUCUGAAGACCAGGUCGCGUGUGCACACAUAACAUGUUAGGAUCUUUCCGUCUUGGAAGAUAAACCAGCUGACUACAAGUUGAUGUCUGAGUUGGUCUGACUGGCGAGCCAAUACCUAACGUAAGAGGUUUUUGCGAAUAUUA